AUGAAGAUCCAAAAUCCAGCUGUUACUUUCGGCUCCACAGUCGUCAUUAUUGGUGCCAAUGGCUACAUUGGCGCAGAGACCUGUGACAAGUUCCUCGAAGCAGGAUACCGGGUUCGAGGAACAGUCCGCAACGUUGAGCAGCAUCGGGCUUGGAUGCACGGGCUUUUCGACAAGAAAUAUCCCGGAAAAUUUGAGCUAGCGCAAGUCGUUGACUUUGAAGCCGACGGGGCGUUUGAUGAAGCAUUCAAGGGUGCUGCCGUGGUCGUCUACGUCUCGACUCCCACUAUAUUUGGUCCAGACCCGAGCCAGGUGAUAGAUCCCGUCGUCAAAGGCACCAUUAACACGCUCAAAGCCGCGGCUCAAGCUAAGGUACGGCGUUAUGUAUAUCUGUCUAGCUCUAAAGCCGUCGAAGCGGCCGUCUACAACGUGCCACACAAGAUAUCGGUAGACACAUACAAUCAUGAAGAUCUUCGCAAGGCCCGCGAAGAGCCAACAGUUCCUACGGUAGAGAGAGCCAUGACUGUAUACGGAGCAAGUAGAGCUGCUGCAGAACUGGCUUUCUGGUCCUGGGUGAAGGAGAAUAAUCCUCCCUUUAUCGCCAACUGUGUUGUUCCUGAUGGAAACUUUGGGCGCGUGCUGGAUGCGGAACAACCUAACGGCACCUCUGUGGGAAUGCUGAAGCGCGUCUUAGAAGGCGACUGGAGCCGGGUGAUGACUCUUGCUUGGAUCAUUAAUGUCGAAGAUUGUGCUCUUCUCAUGGUCGCUGCCGCCGUGCUGCCUUCGAUUGCAAACGAGCGCAUCUUUGCCUAUUACAAGCAGGCGACUUGGAACGAAAUGCGCGCCAAGGUUCGUCAGCUCUAUGCUGACCGCCCGGAGCUUGUAAAGGGGGAAGAUUCAGAUGUUGUGGGCAGAGACUUGUCAACCGCGGAUGAAGUUGUGAAGCGAGCUGAAGAGGUGCUCAAGGAGCUUGGCCGACCUGGUUUCAUCAGCGUUGAUGAUACUAUUCGUGAUUUCGUGGAUACUGUGUACAAACAAGACUAUUAA